AUGGCCUCGACGCAGCUGUCUCUUCUGGGCCAGUUCCCAGUCGAACUUCAUUCGACCGUGAUUGAACGACUGUCGGCGCAAUGUGAAAGCGCAGAGGCCUUCACCUUGGCUGAGAUGGUUUAUCGAAGGGGUCAGUUGAGGAUGGUGGCUUGGUCUGCGCGUAGGGUGCUGACGUAUGCUCGGACGUCGGUCUGACAGACGGAACGACGAUGCUGCAGGAUGAUCAUGCUUUGAGAGUCUGUGCGUUCAGAUCUGCGUCGACAGAGCAAUCAAAACACCCGGCGAAACGGACAAGGUGGUCAGUCGGAGUCACACGUCCCCACUCCUUCAUAUGUGGGGGGGCGGCCUCUCCCACCCUCCAAGCUCAUGCGCUAAUGCUCGUUUCCUGCCCCUCCGUUUUUGCACAGGUCCGUUCAAGUGCUGCAGAAACCUGAACCCGCACGGCUAUCCCCCGAGGUGCUGCAACGACCUUUGAUCGAAUGCUCGAUCGAGGACGGCGCUCAUCCGAUCGCUUUGGCUAGUGCGAUGGGUUUCUCGCAAGUCCUCCAUGUGAAUCUCACCUACGACUUGCCAACCACUGAUACCGUGUCGAUGACCUACAGCACACACGCCUUCACCCUCCACACUCGAGGGAUCGUCUUCUCUCGCGCGUCCAACUCGGUUCACAUCAAAGUCUACCAACUGUUCGCUUCCACCUCCUCGACCGAACCUCUCGACCCAUCGCACUACAUCAUUCAGCUCUACACCCAAUUCGGCACAACUUCUACUUCCGCAGCGGGGACGAGUGCAGGGAGAGGAGCUGCGGCGGGUACUACGGGUUCGGGUGGCAGUGGCAGUGGCAGUGGCGGUUUGACGAUGCAGGAACAAAAGGUUUUGGCGACGGCGAGUUUGAAGAAGGUUCAGGCCUUGUUGAAAGGGUUGGUCGAUGUGGGCAGGGUGGAAUAG